UUCUUGUCGAGAAUUUGAGUUUUGGCGCCCGGUGAGAGAACAUUUUCUCCACUUGUAGCCCUAUAUCAAGAAUCUUUCCCUUCCCCCUUCUCUUCGCCAUAUUCUUUCUCCUCAACCAAAAUUCAAAUUCUCAACAAGAAGCUCACUUUAAUGGAGUCCAUAAACCAGAUCUCAAUUGAGAGCUUCUCUCAUGGCUGGCUUACCAACAUCAAUUCCCCCUUCGAUUUCGACAGCCUGGAAGACAGCCUUCGCCGUUCCUUCGAUGCGAUCGACAGCACCUCCUUCAUCGAAAUGGACCCAGAUUUCUUCUCGAUGCGCUGGAUCGACUCAACCAGUUUCGACUUCACCCUUCCAUCAAGCUCCGAGCCGUCAAAUUUGGUUCAUGCCGAUCAAAUUUUCUCCAACGGACAACUUCUCCCGUCGACUCCACUGAAAAAAAAUGAACCCCAUUUCUCUCCAGAUUCCGCUCUGAAUCGAACGUUUUCGAUCGGUUCUUCGAAGAAAUUGUUCCCUGAGAUAAACCAUUGGGAUGAAUCGAUCUCAGCAAACGCAUCUCCAACUCAUAAGAACAGGAAGACCUCCCCUGGUAAGAGAUUAAGGAAGUAUUUGAAUUUCCUGAUUCCUCUGUACAAGAAGGUUAAGAAGUUGAAGAUGAUGAUGAGUCUGAGGGCAAUUCGAAGCUGCGGCGAUUCGCUGAUAAGGUCGGUGAGGAUGAAGAAUGAAUUCUCGAGUAUGGAGCGGAAUCGUGGGGGUCGGGUGAAUAGGGUUUUUGAUUUGGAGUUUGAGUGCUCGAUUCAUGAUGCAAUUCUUCAUUGCAAGAAAUCUUUUGCAAAUUUUAGUAAGGAAGACUGAUUUGUUCUAUUAGGGGAGCUUUUCUUACAGAGUCAUUAUUGUGUACGGACACGGAUCAAGACCGCUGAAAUACAUUUUUUUUUAUUAUUGUUAGAGUGGGAUCCACUCUAAUUUUUUGCUGGCUCUAAUCCGAUACC